GGCACCGGGAGCCGCGCGCCCCCGCCGGCGGGAGCGCGCCCGCGCGUCACCGCGCAGGCCCCGCCCACUCGCGGCACGGCCGCCACCGCCUGUCCGUGCUCGGCCGCUCUCCCGCCACCCCCGGCUCGCGUGUGCCGAGCGGCCGAGAUGGUGUUCCGGUGCCAGCGGGACAGCUGGGCCCGGCAGUUCACCACCAGGGUGGUGUCGUGCCGGGCGGCGGAGCUGCGGCCCGAGGGCGGCGGAGAGCCGGUACGCGGGUUCCAGGUGGUGCUGGAGGACACCAUCCUCUUCCCCGAGGGCGGCGGGCAGCCGGAUGAUCGCGGCCUCAUCGGGGACGUGCCGGUGCUGCGAGUCACCCGGCGGGGCCCCGAGGCCGUGCAUUUCGUGCCGACCGCGCUGGAACCGGGCGCCGAAGUGGUGCUGUCGCUGGACUGGGAGCGCCGCUUCGAUCACAUGCAGCAGCAUUCAGGACAGCAUCUCAUCAGUGCCAUUGCAGAGCAGAUGUUUGGAUUCAAGACGACUUCAUGGGAGCUGGGCCGUCAGCGCAGUGUCAUCGAGCUGGACACCCCCGUGGUGACAGCAGAGCAGCUCGAGGCCCUGGAGCAGAGCGUGAACGAGAAAAUCCGGGACAGGGUCCCUGUGACAGUGAGGGAACUGCCUGCAGGUGACCCUGAAAUUGAAACAGUGAGGAGCCGGGGGCUGCCUGAUGACCACGUAGGGCCAGUGCGGGUGGUGGACAUCGAGGGCAUCGACUCCAACCUGUGCUGUGGCACUCACGUCAGCAACCUGAGCGACCUCCAGGUUAUUAAACUCCUUGGCGUGGAAAAAGGGAAAAAGAACAAAACCAACUUGAUUUUCUUGGCGGGAAACAGAGUGCUGAAGUCAAUCGAGCAAAGUCACAAUACUGAGAAGGCUCUAACCUCCCUGCUCAAAAAUGGACCGGGUGAGCACGUAGAGGCUGUGAAGAGACUGCAGAGCUCUGUGAAACUGCUCCAGAAGAAUAACCUGAACCUGCUUAGAGACAUUGCUGUUUUGAUAGCCCGGGACUUCAAGAGCAAACCUGCUCCAAAGCAGCUGUUUGUACUGCACAGGAAAGAGGGUGAUUCUGAAUUCAUGAACAUCAUUGCUAAUGAGAUUGGGACAGAGGAAACCCUGCUAUUCCUGACUGUGGGAGAUGAAAAAGAAGCAGGACUCUUCCUUCUAGCUGGACCCGUUGAAGCAGUUGAAAAUUUAGGUCCCAGGGUGGCAGAACUGCUGGGCGGGAAAGGAGCUGGGAAGCGCGGCCGCUUCCAGGGCAAGGCAGCCAAGAUGAGCCGGCGAGGAGAAGUGCAAGCCCUGCUCCAGGAAUUCGUUAGCAAUCAAAACCCUGGAGCAUAGGAAGCAAUUCUCAAACUCACCUUUCCUGCCCAGGCAGGCCCUGGAGCUGCUGCAGUCUCCUCUGGAGGAACUAAAGGGCGCUGUGGAGCCACAACGGGGCACAACAGGUAAUUUGAGAAUUUACCCUUCCCCUUCUUGCUAGAAAUGGCACGACAGGUUUACUCCAGAUGUUGGUAAUAAACAGA